GCAUCACGGAAGUGUGGUAUUAACUCAACCAGCGACAGGGGAGCGAGAGGAGGAAGAGGAUACGUGGGGAAGAUGGUUCCGGUGUGCGUGCAGUGCGGGACGAGGACCAACCCGUGCCGGUGCAAGGUGGUGGGGCCGACACUGGGGUUCCUGGCGUUCGCGGCGGCGGCCGCGGUGGAGUGGCCGGUGGGGGCGGUGGUCUACCUCUUCCGCCACAUGAAGGGCCGGCGGAUCAUGGCCCACCCUGCCGCCGUCGUCUACCCCUCCGUCGCCAACGCCAUCCCCAUUUGAUCCGGUGCUACCCUCUCCCGGUUAAGUCGAUCUCGAAGUGUGUAUUAGUGUCUAGUGUCUCGGAUAGCUAAGUAUUGCUUCAUGUUGUACUGCUGUUGACACCAAGAAUAAAUUGGAGGAAGCUUUCCUGUUGAA